GACUGUUGAAAACAUAUAACCCGUGCUGUUAGGCGCACUUAACAGCACUCAGCCUUUCCAUCGGAACAGCCAGCGGUCACUCUGCCCGCAAAACGUAAACAACUCGCUUGUAAUUUGCGAUUUGCCGCUUUAAUAACCGAAAAUGUCCAUGCAAAAGGCCAAAAUCAUCGACCAGAAGGAGUACCUCAAGAAGUACCUCUCCGGCGACAAGGAGAAGAAGAAGAAAAGGAAGGAGAAGAAGCACAAGAAGGGUGCCGCCAAGGUGAGGAUCAUCGAUGACGACGCCUACGACAAGGACGACCAGGAGGUGGACGAGGACCUGCUGCUGGGCGGCGAGGAUGCGCCCCAGAUUGUGGGCGAGUACAUCGAGGAGGAUCCCAACGUGCGCAGCAAGUGGCGCAACAUCGCCGUCAAGGAUGAAAUCAAGGAGGAGGAGGGCGGGGAAUCCUCGGCAGCUGCGCCUGCCAUUCGCAUCAAACAGGAGCCCCUGGACGAGGAGCAGGAGGUGUGGGGACGCAAGGCCUCCGUGGCCAGGGUCAAAGAUGAGUUCUCACCCACCAGACGAAUCAAGCAGGAGAAACGCAGCAGUUCCCGGGAUUUGAGUCCAGCGAGGUCGAGAAAGCCAUCCAAACGAGAGCAAAGUCCACGCAGGAGGAGCAGGGAUCGAUCUCCAAGUCGCCGAAGUGCGAAUAGCUCAGAUCAGAGUCCCCCCCUACGGGGCAGAGAUGCAGAUCAAUCACCACCACGCCGGAAACGUAGAGAUUCCGACCAGAGUCCACCCAGAAAAGCCAGGAACGGCAAUCAAUCGCCGGCCAGAAGAAGGCGAGAUUCGGAUCAAAGUCCUCCAAGGAAUCGAAAAAACAAGAAAUCGCCAACUAGAAGGAGGCGAGAUUCCGAUCAAUCCCCAGCCAGACGUCGUAGAAGUAACUCCGAUCAGAGUCCGCCCAGGAGACGAGCAGAUAGGGAUGCAGCCUCACCAAGAAGGAGACGAGACUCCGAUCAAAGCCCACCCAGAAGACGUAAAGGGGACGACCAAUCUCCUCCGAGGCGGAGAAGGAAAGACUCGGACCAGAGUCCACCAAGAAAACGCAGAGGCGACGACCUAUCACCAGUACGCAAGAGAAGGGAUUCCGACCAAAGCCCACCCAGAAGACGGAGAGAUGAUAAACAAUCGCCACCCAGAAGGAGGAGGAACUCCGAUCAAAGUCCUCCAAGAAGACCCAAAGUUGAAGAUCAAUCCCCGCCCAGAAGACGUCGCGAUUCCGACCUAAGUCGUAGGUCCUUGAGCAGAAGUCCCGCGCCCCGAAAUCGCUUUAAGGAGGAGCGAAAGAGUCGCUGGGGCAAGGCGUCACCCAGCAAAUCAGCUUCGCCACCACCAACGCACAAGCCCAAAUCAACCAAGACGCUAGAUGGCAAGAAGGCAGGUUUGCAGGACGCGAAAUCCCUCAAAAAGGAAACUGACGAGAGGCGGCGACAAGAGCAUGACCUCUUCGAGAAAAUGUCCAGCGAGAUUUCUGGCCGGGAUGGAGAAGUUCAGGUGCGCAGCACUCGCCGAAAGGGUCACAGGGCGCGGGAAGCGGCCAACGAGGAUCCAGCCGAGCGGAGCCGCAAGGAGGAGCACGAGAAGAAAAAGAAGGAGCUGUACGACCGCUGGGGCAAGGGCCUGAAGCAGAUAGAAGAGCGACAGUCCCGCCUCGAGGAGAUGGCCCAUGAAGCCUCGAAGCCAGUGGCCCGCUACGCCGACGACGAGGACCUGGACAGGCACCUCCGGGAGCAGGAGCACGCCGACGAUCCCAUGCUGGAGUACAUGCGCCAGAAGCGCAAGAAACGCGACCAGCAGGACAACAAACCGGUGAUACCCAAGUACGAGGGCAGCUUUCCGGAGAACCGCUUUGGCAUCCCUCCAGGAUACCGAUGGGAUGGUGUAGACCGGUCCAACGGCUACGAGCAGCGGUGGUUCGACAAGCAGAACGAACGGCGGGCGGUGCAGGACGAGGCCUACAAGUACAGCGUGGAGGAUAUGUAAAAGUUCCAGACAUUUAUAUAUUUGUUGCAAUAAAGAUUUCACAACUGCCUGUAAAGAGGAAAAGCAAUAACUACUGAAGUUACGUUUUUA